GUCAAUUUUUGUUUUGCUUCAAUUCAAAUCAUAAAAAUAUAAAUUUUGAUUGUGUUUGGCAUCAAUACAUAAAUGAAUAGAUUUUCUAAGUUAGGUAUUCAAAAACCAUAAAAAUGUGUCGAAAUCCUAUACACCAUGUGUACAUUGCUGAUGGCUUCCUAGAUGAUUGUGAACAAUUGAUACAAAGAUGUUUGCAAAGACAGAACAUAUUGGACUUCCAGUCAUUUUGCAUUGUUUGGCAGGAAAUGAAUAUGGGAUGUCUUUAUCAAGGCAGAACUUCCGGCGCAGAAGUAGCAGAGCUGUCAGAGGAAGUCUUGCAUAUAGCAAAACAUUAUAUGAUUGCAAAUACAAGCAACUAUGAGGAGUCAGUAGCCGGUCUAUUCUUAGUAUACAGUCUACUAAAUUUACAACCGUACCCUGGCUUCGCGGCCUUACGUUUAGUACCAGAAGAUGUAGCAGCCAUCAGUCGACUGGAAGCAGUUGCUAGAAGGGAACGGCGCCAUGAUGUGCUAUAUAUACUUGCAUCGGUACUGAUCAAAGGACCAUGUCACUACCACGCCGCCGAGAGAGAAAGGGGCAUGGAAGCUCCUAUCAAGAAGUAUUUGGAUGGAUUUAAAAGCAUAGACAGUAUACGAGGCGUACGUCCUAAUGGUGUGUUCUAUAGGCAAAAUGAGGAAUUGGAUAUCAUCAGAGAGUUAGGAAACCUUACCAAGCAAUACUCUGAUGCAAAAGACAGGAUCAUUGGUUCUGGACCCUCUGACAGAAAUCUUCAGUACAUUGAUGAGGAAUUGCCUACAGAAUUGAACUAUUCCCUUAGAAAAAUCAUUGGUGGGGAAGUUGAUGUAGUCAAUGAUGCUGUUGUUUCAGACGAAGAGGAGGAGGAGGAGGAGGAGGAGGAGAGAAAUCGCAAGAGAGAACCCUCAACGGAUCACCACACCAUUGUCGAGGCCAUUAAGGCCAAAGCGAUGAAAGGCACUGUCAACCCCAUGAAACAUCUCACUGGUAUUGAAGACAGAAAAAUACAAAGGCAAUGCAAAACACAACAAAGCUCAAAGAAAAGUGAUAUUAAAUCAAAACCGGGCAAAGUUAAAACUAACAGCCCCACCAAACCUCAAGCUUGCAAAUCGCCAAAGAAACGCAGAGCAUCGCCCAAAAGUAGUAAUGCUAAAAAGCCUAAAUCCAACCCUGAAAAACAAGAGGUAGAGAGGAUUAUAAAAGAGGAAAAAGACGACAGUAAAGAAAACGAUGACCAAUUAGAGGAAUACCAUGUGGAGAUAGUACCAGAAGAGAAAAACGAAUUCAGUGACGAUGAAGAAGAGGAUUUUGGAAAGAUUGGAGAAGAGAAUGAAGUUGACAUAGAAAUUGAGUCUUUGCCUUCCUUUAUAAGGACAGAGGAUAAUGGUCAAGUUUUUGAAAUAGAAAUAAUCGACAAAUAUGGGAGAAGUCAUAAAUCGCAAGAAGAAAAUGUUGAUAGAGAUAUAGCUUUAUUAGCUAGCUUGCCAGAUAUUUCCAUGAGUAGCGAUGAUACUGUCGAGGAUGCUACGCUGUGUCCAGAUUCUGAAGAAAAUGAUGACGACUCAGGCAACGAAGAUAUCAAAAAUAUUAGAAACACGAAAGAUGACCCGCCUAAUAAAAACUUAAAGAAGACACAUUUGAAAUCAAAAUUUAAACGUUUAGGAAUGCUGCCAGUUGCAAAUUUCGAUGAAUCAAAUUAGUUUCUAAGUCUGUGAUAAUGAAAUAUAUAAUUUACCGAAACGGUAGGCAUAUUGUUAAUAAAUAAUAAGAUU